CGGAGGGUGGAGGGACGAUUUUAAAACUCUAACUCAAGUUGCUGUAACGUGCAGCUCCUCAGCUCACAUUGUGGACCACAACUUUCACGACUGCACCUCCCAUGACAGCCUAGGAAAACAACCCCGACGAAGACAAACAAACAGGGAAGCAGAGGGAAAACAACGGGCUCGUAUUGACUGAAAGCGUUGAAGGACUUAACUGUGGCGCACCGUGCGUAAAAGGCGCACUGGCCACUUCGCUGCGCGCUUGAAGUCGUUUUGAAUUUAUAUUCUUUUGAAAAUUCAUUUUCGGAUUUCCCCACAAGUGGUUGAACAAAUAAUGCUGAAGAUGACAGAGGAGCAUGAUAAAUGCGUCAGCGACCAGCCGUGCAGUCCGUCGGGCACAAACAGCUCCAUGUCCCAGGACGAGUCCGACUCCGAUGCUCCGUCUUCUCCGACAGGCUCCGACGGACAAGGAUCCCUGCUCGCCGGUUUAGGCAAGAAACUGGACUCCGAGGAUGAUGACCGGUUCCCGGCUUGCAUACGGGACGCCGUAUCUCAGGUCCUUAAAGGAUACGACUGGUCCUUGGUGCCCAUGCCCGUGAGAGGGAACGGGUCCCUGAAGAAUAAACCUCACGUCAAGAGACCUAUGAAUGCGUUUAUGGUUUGGGCGCAGGCGGCCCGCAGAAAGCUGGCGGAUCAGUAUCCACACCUGCACAACGCCGAGCUGAGCAAGACACUGGGGAAAUUGUGGCGUUUGCUCUCUGAAAGUGAGAAGAGGCCGUUUGUAGAGGAAGCAGAGAGGCUGCGUGUUCAGCACAAGAAAGACCAUCCAGACUACAAGUACCAGCCCCGGCGUCGAAAGAAUGUGAAACCGGGCCAGAGUGACUCGGAUUCAGGAGCAGAACUGGCACACCACAUGUACAAGGCUGAACCUGGGAUGGGAGGACUGGCAGGGAUAACUGACGGUCAUCACCACCCUGAACAUGCAGGGCAGCCUCAUGGUCCCCCGACACCACCCACUACCCCCAAAACAGACCUGCACCAUGGGGUGAAGCAGGAUCUGAAACAUGAAGGCCGUCGUCUGAUCGACAGCAGCAGGCAGAACAUUGACUUCAGCAACGUCGACAUCUCUGAGCUCAGCACUGAUGUCAUCAGCAACAUGGAGACUUUCGACGUGCACGAGUUCGACCAGUACCUCCCGCUCAACGGCCACGCCUCAAGCUCCUCCACCCUGCCUUCAGACCACAGCCAUGGGCCUGCACCUGGUGGCUCUUAUGCUUCUUCAUACAGCCAUGCAGGCACAAAUGGGUCAGUGUGGAGCCGCAAGAGCACCAUCUCUUCUUCUCAAUCUGCUGGAGAUGGGGGCCAACACCGGCUUCACAUUAAAACGGAGCAACUGAGCCCGAGCCACUACAGUGAGCACUCCCAGGUCCCCCCACAUUCUGAUUACGGCUCCUACAGCAGUCAGGCCUGUGUUACCUCUGCCGCUUCAGCCUCCUCCUCUUUCUCCAGUUCGCAGUGUGACUAUACUGACAUCCAGAGCUCCAACUAUUACAACCCAUAUUCUGGCUACCCCUCUAGCCUCUACCAGUAUCCCUACUUCCACUCAUCCAGGCGGCCCUACGGCAGCCCCAUCCUCAACAGCCUGUCCAUGGCUCCUGCCCACAGCCCCACAGCCUCCAGCUGGGACCAGCCCGUCUACACCACGCUGUCACGACCAUAAGAGGACAAAAACAGUGAACUCGCACCAGAGACUCAUUCAGAUCGAUGCACUAUUAAUGAAGGAAGUUAAGGAGCAGGUGGAGAAAUGUGUGAGACCGUUGAACGUCAAAAAAACAAA